ACGGAAAGGCAGACCUUUUGUAUCUGUUCAAUUAAAAAAUGAGCAGGACUCAUCUUGAUAAUCACUUAUAAAUACACAGCCCUUGCAACUUCAUCAGUCACUCAGCAAAAACUUUUCUUCCUCACUUCAAAACUUGCCAAAAAAAAAAGCAUUUCUGCAUCUGAAAGGAUGGCUGAGAAUCUGCUUAUAAGUGCAUCCGUGGAGGUUUUACUGCAGAAAAUAUUCUCAGUCACUACUGAAAACAUUAACCUUGUGUUUGGUGGUCCUCAAGAAAUCUCAUGCCUAAUGGAGUAUUGGUUUUCCCGCUCCAGUGAAGAGACUAAUGUUGUGCAGGCCAUCAGACAAGAGUUGGAGGAAUUGAAAGGAUCUUUAUCCAACAUCCAAGCUGUCUCACAGGAUAAUCUGAGGCUGCAGGACAAGGCUGUGAUCGUUACGCUUUGGCUGCAUAAACUUUCUGAUUUAGCCGAUGAUGCUGAUAAUGCUUUGGCAGAGUUCGGCUAUCAAAUUCUCCAGCAUGAGGUGGAGAUGCUGAACCAAGAAAAACCAAAGGUAAGUCUCUUCUCCUGUCACUCUGAUAAGAAGGCCUUUCGCCAAGAAAUGAUGCCUAAAGCAAGAGGCAUCAGUAAUAAGCUGGAGAUGAUCAAUAAAGAAGUGAAAGACUUUUUAGCUUCUGAGAAAUAUGGUGUCACAACUGCUUCUUCCCCUCAGGUAGAUGUAGUUCAGGAGGUUGGCUUCUUGAUUGCUGACCUGAAAAUCACAGAAAAUGAGGAAAAGACAUCUAUAGAAAAUUUCUGGUCCAUAAUAAAAGAAAAGGCAGGUGUAAGUGAUGAAAUACCAAUAGGCCUGAAGGACAUAGGAAGGCACAUUGCAGAAAAGUGUCAAGGUCUGUCUUUAGCAGCAAAUUUACUUGGAGGUUUGUUACAAAACAAAAGAAGGGAUUUCUGGUUGUCAAUUUUAGAAAGCGGGGUAUUAGAUAAAGAAGAUGUAAUCUCUGCGAUACUCAAAUUGUGCUUUGAAAAUCUGCCAUCUCCAUUCCUCAAAAGAUGUUUUGCAUUUUGUUCGAUGUUUCCAAGGAACUCUGUUAUAGAAAGGGACCAGCUAGUCCAGCUUUGGAUGGCUGAAGGAUUUAUUGACCCAGGGUUGGGGAUUUCUGUGAUGGAGGAAUUAGGAAAUCAAUACUUUGACACUUUGUUGCAGAAUUCUUUACUUGAAAUUGCAAGCAAGGAUAACUUCAACAAAGUAACACAUUGUAAACUGCAUAAUCUUGUCUAUGAUUUUGCAUAUUCUCUGUCAAGCUUCGAGAGCAUCACCUUCGGUGAAAGAGAUCAAGAUGACAUUCGUCAGAUUCAACACCUUGCAUUGGAGUCGUUUACAGAGGAAACCAUGAAGAUUGCCAAGGAGAAAGCAACAUAUUUGAGGACAUUAUUCCUAAAGAACAAUUUACCUGACAAUAACUUGUUAAAUGUAAACUUCUUGUAUGUUUUAAACCUCUGUGAUGCAGAUAUAGCAGAAUUGCCAGCAUCUAUUGGAAAGCUAAGGCAUUUAGAAUACCUUGAUCUCUCGAGGACAAACAUAAAGUCUAUACCUGACUCUGCCUGCAACCUUUACAAGUUGAAGACAUUGAGGAUCAUUGGAUGUAAUUCUCUUAAAAAACUCCCAAAAGAUUUCAAAGAUUUGCUAUGCCUGAGACAUCUUCACUUCUAUUAUAAUGAGUACUUCUCUAUGCCAUAUGAGUUUGGGCGAUUAAGUCACCUUCAAACACUGCCAAUCUAUAACGUGGGAAAGGUGUGUGGUCCUCCAAUUGGGGAGCUGAAGCACUUGAAAGAUCUCAAAGGCAAGCUGGAGAUACGAAAUCUUGAUCUUGUGAAAGACAAAAAGGAAGCUCAGCAAGCAAAUCUAUUUGAGAAACCGAAUUUGCAGGAGCUGGAGCUUCGUUGGAUUGAUCCUGAAAAAGAAGAAAGAGAAGGUCCAAACAACGAUGAGAAUGUGCUGGAAGGCCUUGAGCCUUACCACAAUCUGAAAAGCUUAAGGAUCGAACACUUCAAAGGUGACAGAUUCCCAUCAUGGGUAAUGAAGAUGUCUGUUAAAAGAGGCUCUUUGCAACUUAACAAUUUGGUGGAGGUAAAACUGGAAAGCUGCACAAGAUGCAAGGAAAUCCCAACACUAGGGACCCUACCGCUUCUCCAAAAUCUUGAGAUAGUUGACCUCUCAGAAGUUAGCUGCUUUGGAUCAUCAUUUUACGGUGGCAAUGGAUCAAAUACCAACACCAGUGAAACUCAAGCAACAGAAUCAUUCUUUCCAGCACUCAAAAGCCUCACAAUAGACCGCAUGCCAAGCCUACUAGAUUGGAAGGGACCAGAAGAAAUCUCUGCAUCUUAUGAAGCUAAGACGUUUAAUAGCCUCGAGAGAUUAUUUCUUAGAUGGGAUCCAAAGUUGAUGACUGCUCCAAGUCAUUUCCCUGCACUCAAGGUACUGAGGGUUGAAUCCAUCAAGAGCAGCUCGCCACUGGAGAGUAUAUGCAAUUCCAAGCUGACCACCCUCACAAGUCUCCAUGUUGAGGAUGUAGAGGAGCUAACUUCUCUUCCAGAUGAGUUGCUGGAAAACAACACCAACCUUUCUCAUCUAUGUAUUAUAAAUUGCCACUCUUUGACGAACAUUGUUCCUCAUAUGUCCGGUUGCAGUGCAGUGCUCCAAGAGUUGGAGAUCAAGGAAUGCGGGGCAUUACAAGAAUUUCCACCAGAAAUUUGUUCACUCAGAUCUCUCAAAAGGUUCGAGCUAUCAGACUGCCCUAGUAUCAAAUUAUUUCCAAAUUUGAAUGGACAGGGAGGCCUUCCAUCCCUUCAGAGCUUGACAGUUUCUGAGUGCCAAGGUUUGAUCAGUAUACCAAGUGAGGUAUUGGAGUCUUGCAAGUCUCUCCAAUACCUAUGGGUGACAGAGUGUGAAAAUCUCAUCGAGUUUUCUCCAAAUUUUCAACAAAUGCCUAACAUUUCAUUCAUGAGAAUUACUUCCUGCCCUAAGUUGAAUACCAUGCCCAAGGGGCUUGGUGCACUUAGCAACUUGGCUGACCUCAGGAUGGGUCCUCUUUCAAAUUCAAUGGAGUUUGAAACAUUCCAAACAUGUUUUACAGGGCUUCAACAGCUUUCUUCACUUGUUUCUCUAUUCUUAGUCGGGCAGCAUCACUGGAAUUCUUUGCCUGAAGAGCUUCAACACCUCACUGCUCUGAAAGAAAUGACUUUAGAUGAUUUUGGAAUAGAAGUUUUGCCAGAUUGGAUAGGGAAUCUUUCCUCGAUUCAAAAGUUAAAGCUCUCCAAUUGCCGAAAACUUGAGUCCUUUCCCUCCAAAGAAAUAAUGGAAGGCCUCAAGAAUUUGGAGAAGCUGGAAAUCGAGGACUGUGAUCUGCUAGCAAGGAAAUGGAUGCUGCAAAAUGAACCAGAUUCUGAGUGGUUUAAAGUUUCCCAUAUUAAGGAAAUCAUUCUAGAUUUUGAUGAAGUUUCAGAUCCAAUCAUCUGGAAUAUGAUCCAUUGGGAGAUGGAAAAGCCAAUGCAAAAAACAACUAACGAGGAGAAGAAGAAGAAGAACAAGAACAAGAACAAGAACAAGAACAAGAAGACAAAGAAGAAGACAAAUUCAAGUACUUCAACUAGCUGAAAAGUUGUAGUAGUUGUAGUAGAAGAUUGCCAAUAAGGAACAUGACUCAAAUUUAGAAGGUUUUGAACACUACCAGA